GAUUGAUACAGCUGGCGCGGGGUUCGACGAAGAAACAGUCACAAGUGCAGCUCCGACAGAGGGAAGCCGUUCAUCUUCAGCAGUUCUUGUUCGAGACUUCUCGACGCUCAAUCGAGAGCAGGCUGAACUGACUCUCCGUAUUGUAAGAGAAUUGGUGGAGGUCUGGAAUAUCCCACCCCAUGACAUUGGAGUAAUAACUCCAUACAACGCGCAUGCUUCACUUUUGAGGGAAAGGAUGCAAUCAGAUGCCUGCAUGCAAUCUAUCGACGUGAGCACCGUGGAUGGUUUUCAAGGACAAGAGAAAGUUGCAAUCGUGUUUGAUUCUGUAAGAAGCAACGCUGAUUGUGAGGUUGGCUUCCUGUCCGAUUACAGAAGGAUUAACGUGGCUCUCACUCGAGCAAAGCGAAAACUCGUUGUGGUUGGUGACUCGGCAACGUUGACAAGCGAUCCGGUUUGGGCAGCAUUUUGGGACUGGGCAGCAAUGCCUGGCAGUGGCGAUGCUGAGUCUUUUUCAAUUGCGUACCGUUCGUAUUAUGAAUUGCCACCAGAAGGAGGAUGGUGAGUUCACUGUCUACCAGUGCGAACAGAAAUUUUGGUUGACUUUUCAUCUUAAUUUUUUCGGCACUUCAAUAUUU